AUGCUGUUCUCGCUGCGUGAGUUGGUGCAAUGGUUGGGAUUCGCCCAGUUUGAAAUUUUCAUUCAUGUUUCGUCUCUGCUCAUAUUCUCUGUGCUGGUGGCUCUCAAAGUGGACGGAGUGGCCCAGGCCCUCAGCUGGUGGAACGUGUUCAUCCCAUUGUUUGCUGCCGAUGGGCUCAGCACCUAUUUUACUACUAUAGUGACAGUGCGACUCUUCCAGGAGGACAAGCGUCAAGCCGUGCUGCGCCUCUUCUGGAUUCUCACCAUACUCAGCCUUAAAUUUGUCUUCGAGAUGCUUCUCUGUCAGAAACUAGUGGGAAACACCAAGGAGCUGUGGUACGGACUCAUCCUGUCUCCUAUAUUCAUUCUGCUUCAGCUCCUGAUGAUCCGGGCUUGCAGAGUGAACUAA